GUAAUAUUUUUAGGAAAACGCAUGUGCAACAUAAACAUAUAUGUCUAUGUGAAGGGUUACAUGAAUUAUUACACGAUUACUUAUCAGUGAAAAAUUGUAAAUGUUUCAAAUGAAAUAAAACUGUUAUAAUUUACUUAUAGAUUUUAUGUAUUCAGGGGCGUGGGUGACUUUUUUUUUACAGGAGUGUGUCCAAACUGAGCCGCCCUUUGAGUACUCAUCGGAUUUGGGUUAUUAAAAAAAGUAUCUUAACGCCAGCAGGGGGUCUUGACCCAGAGACCCUCCCCACGGCCACCUACGCCCCUGAGUGUAAUUUUCUAUGUUAAUAACAUAUUUAAUAAAAAUAACUUUUUUUUUCCAUGCAGACGUAAAAUUCAAACUAAUUGUUAAGCGAAAAAAUGGAAGAGAGAAAGGAGUUUGGUAUCCAUGACGGCCUACAUAGAGAAAUGCCGUUACUAUGGGAACAAUUUAAUGAUGAUGUUAAAACGUUGCAUCUGAGAGACUCUGCAGUAAAGGGUAUUCCUCAGGAUGAACUAAACAGUGGCCUAAUAAGAGCCUGUCUCACUGGGCAUAGAGUAAACGUUCAGUUAUUUCUUCAAUGGGGGGCUGCUCUAGAGAGCAAAGAUCAACAGGGAAACACGCCUCUGUUGAUCAGUGCUGAAAAGGGCUUCACGGAUAUUGUGGACUUACUACUACAAAAGGGCGCCGAUGUCAACGCCUCUAAUAUGGCUGGUGACACGCCUCUGAUUUUAUCGAUACGUUCACCUGGGUCUUUAGAAACGAUGAAACUGAUUUUAAAGCAGAGACUCAUUGACAUUGAACACAGGAACCAUGCCGGGUAUACAGCUUUAAUGACGGCCAUUGAAGAGAUUGACAUAAAGGCCAUUAAGUUAUUGCUAGACGCCAAUGCCAGUUUAGAUGGGAAGUUAAAGACAACACAGGGAGUGAGAGACUUCAGUAGCACGGAGGAGAUUGAAGGAGAGGGGAGAACAACUACGGGGCUAACAGCUCAGAUAUUGGCUGACACGCUUGGACUUGGAACACUUAUGGACUAUUUAAAGAUUCCUGAAAAAUCCGAGGUUUCACCAUUACAAAGAGCGGUUUUAAGUGGCGAUUUUAAACAUGUUUGUCUAUUGCUUGACAGCCAAUUAUCCUACAUCAGAUUCCUAAGUCCAGAUAGUGAUAUCAUCACAACAUUUAUCAAAUCAAAAGUUUCUUCCCGAAGUGGCGUAACAGAAGAUGACAUUGCUAUAGUGGAAAAGCUCAUAGAUUCUAUUGUGUACACUAAUGGUUCUUUUUCAUUACCAGUGUCCGAUUUACCAAUUGAAACUGCUGUGAUGCUUGGAAGCUACAAGUUAAUUCAAAUUAUGUGCCAGUGGUAUAUAAGGAGGCCAUUAAUGAUCUCAGCAUUCACACCGUCCCUUUUAACUGCUGCUGAAUACGGUCACUGUGACAUAGCACAACUGCUUUUACAGUAUCCAGAGCAGUUAGCAAAAAAUGGUUUGGAGAACAUUUACAGUCAAGCAUUGAGUCAAACAUUCUUUCAUGGGCACAUAGAAUGCCAAAAAAUAUUGCUGCCACUAUGCAAUCCAAGCAAAAGACAAUGUAUAGAGCUUUUGAGUGACGCAAUAUGUUCGGAAAACCUAGACUUUAUGAAACUGUUAUCUGAACAUCAACCAUCAAUACGACAGUUAGUGCGCACCCAAAACAAAUACCAUAAAAAUAUGUUGAUAUUAGCCGUAGAGACUGGCAACUUGGAAAUAGUGCAGCUAAUUUUAGAUUGGGGUGCUGAUGUCAACUUAGAAAUCUAUAACAGUAGAACCCCACUGACCUAUGCUUUAUCGAUCAAGACUGGAGCAGAUGCUGACCAGAUUAUUGGAAACAAUCACACAGGGCCACUUUUGAAUUUGUGCCAAAGACGAAAUCCUCAUAUUUUAGUCAAAUUGCUGCUGGAUGCAGGGGCCGAUGUUGGACACUGCGACACUAAUGGAAAUUCAGCGCUUCAUUUUGCUGUGAGAAGUCGAUCUCUGGAAAAUGUCAAGUCUCUAGUAUCUCACCACGCAGACGUCAAUGCAGCAACAAAAACAGGUUCAACGGGCCUGAUGGAAGCUUUGAUGCUUGGAGAGAUUGACAUAGUUGAAUGUCUAAUAAACCACGGUGCUGAUGUCAACGUGCAGGAUACUCAAGGAAAAUCGAUGCUAUUUUUUGCAUUGUUUGCACGUUUUAACUUCCCCUGGGAUGCAAUACGGAACCCUUGGGAACACAGACAUGUGGAUUUGAGAUAUAUACAACCGAGGCUGUUAUCCAUCCUUCUUCAAAAAGGUGCAGACGUCAAUGCAGGUAGGUGGGAAGGGGGUAGCGUUCUUAAAACGAUUUUAAACACGGAGACUGUUGGUGAGGAAUUCGUCAAUUGUGCUGAACUUCUGUUGUUCUAUGGAGCUGACCCACGUGGCGUAGACCCCAUUGUAAUACAUAAACUACUUCCACGGAAUCAAUUUGGUUUGAUAAAGAAACUGACGUAUAGUGGUAUACUUCCUACUGACAGAGCAAUUGAAAACGAAAGGGUUCUCUCUCCACUAGCACGUGCAUUGAUCGGGCAUAACUUCACAAUGGUCAAUCAUUUUAUACGCCGCUGGUAUCUAACACGGUCAGAUCUGGUGUCUCUGCGACACGAUUACAUCAGAAUGUUCCCUGCGCGUAAUACAAGCUUCAAAAUUCUUGAUGAUUUCUGCUUUCAGCCGAGACCCCUUCAGAUGCUCAGUUUCCUGACGAUUUCCUUCGCACUAGGGACCAGCCGUGACAGAGUUGCCAGCGUUGAAAAACUGCCACUGCCCGUGCACCUGAAAGAGAAGCUGUGCUAUAAAAAGAAGAUUAAAAAAGAACCACGUGCAGUGGCACCGUUCUUUCUCCGCCACAUAUAUUGACGUCAAAGCCCAAACCCACAUUUAAACCACAUUUAGUCCUAUUCAAUACGCUACGCCUGUGCUCUGGAGACGUCAUAAUAAAUCCCAGUUUGUCUUUGAGUUCUAGCAACAGAACCGUCGGGUGACCUUUGGAUGCCCUUAGGCCCUUUAUUUUUUGCAUUUAAAGUAAUAUUGAUAGUGUAAAUAUAUAUCCCCAUUGGCAACUUUGUGGCGCUUCAAUAUCCGUGACCCCAUGAAGUCAUAGUCUUGUUGGGUCCACUGGCCAUAUCACUGUGAAUUAUGGCCACAUGUUGAGAAUGUACUUUUAUAACAUUGCACCAUUAAGAUGAAAUUUGUGUACAUUUUUUACAAUGGAUACCCUUUAAUUAUGCUUUUGUAGUUGUUCUUUCAUAUUGCUUGGCUCUGUAGAUUUUAAUAUUGUACAUGUGAAGAGAUAUAAAAACAAGCUUGAGCCAUGUUAGCAUUGAUUCCGCCAUAAAAUGUGCUCAGAAGUUUGUGCCAUACAGAAAAAUCUUUUUAAAAAAAUAAUCUAAUUUUAACUGUGUCAUUUUUGAUAGCUCAGUGUUCACAAGUCCUUGCUGCUAGAAUGACACUCAUUUACUGGAUAUUUGCUUUAAAGUCUUUAAACCCAGAAAACAAUACUACCUCAGGCUAUAGAUGAGCUCCUCUACCUGUGUUGGGAAGCAGGUCACAUGCCCCAGGAUAUGAGAGGCGCCAACAUCGUAACAUUGUACAAGAAUAAAGGAGGCAUUUCUCUUCAUAGUAUAGCUUAGUUCGAAAGACCUUUGCCGGAGUGGUCUCUCCAGCGACUCGCAUACAAUUGGUUCACCCCCACGACUGAUCGCAAUCAUUACAGUCAUUAAGAAAAAAGAAAAUAACAAACAUGCACAGCGAAGUAACCGUCAAUGGCGCAGUAACCGUCAAUGGCGCAGUAACCGUCAAUGGCGCAGUAACCGUCAAUGGCGCAGUAACCGUCAAUGGCGCAGUAACCGUCAAUGGCGCAGUAACCGUCAAUGGCGCAGUAACCGUCAAUGGCGCAGUAACCGUCAAUGGCGCAGUAACCGUCAAUGGCGCAGUAACCGUCAAUGGCGCAGUAACCGUCAAUGGCGCAGUAACCGUCAAUGGCGCUGUAACCGUCAAUAGCGCAGUAACCGUCAAUGGCGCAGUAACCGUCAAUGGCGCAGUAACCGAGGCAUUCCAAGUCAGCAGCGGCGUGCAACAAGGCAUCGCACUUCCACAAACGAAAUUCUAAAGUUUUUUCUAAAUGAUUUUUCAGUUCACCUUCAGGGACCGCGAAGUCAGAGUGUGGAUACAUAUAUCAGAUCUGAUGAAGGGCAUCAUUCAAUAUCGCCCAACUUCGUGCAAACAUCAAGAUAAAUUAAAAACCCCAAAACAAAGUUAUUUUUUGUAUCAAUCCUUUAUAAAUGUAAUAUAGAGCACUGGGGGGAGGGGGGAGGGAGCUGACAAUUCGACAAAAUAUGUCAACAAGUAACGCACUUUAUAAGAAUCGCAAAUAGCCACCCCCCCCCCCCCCCCCCCCAAGGCCCCCAACAGCACCUUUUUUUUUUCCCCCCCCAGCCCGCAAGGCUCGCAACAGCACAUUUUUUUUUCACGCCCAUUAACUAUUUGAAUAUUGUAAAGACCCACCCGCUUUCACUACACAGAUUUAUUUCAUCAACUAUUUCAGAAAAAAAACAAAAGACACUAUUACGCACAAAACGCACUCGCGACAUCUAUUUUAAAUAAUCUCAUUUGGUGCAGUUAUCGGGAAUUUUCCUUUAUGUUCCCUUUAAAAACAGGACAACUUAUUUUUGGGGGAUGGGGUUGGGCUGAAAAUUUGAUAUGAUGAGUUGUCUUCGGCAACGAGUCUAUGUGUCAAGUUUCAGCUGGAUAUGUUGAAAAGAAGUGGGUUCAUUAGCCGCCCGAAGAUUUUGCCAGCCUACCACCAAGCCAUGAACAAAAUCGAAGUUAAUAAAAAGGAUUUCAAAAGGUUUUUUUUAUUGCUGAACUACUGUUCAUUGACGAUCCCGCCAUACACCACACACUGGAGAGGGAAUGCAGCGGUUAGUAAGUCGCCUGUCACACGCCUCUAAGGAGUUUGGACUGACCGUCAGUUGACAGCAAACAAUUGUCUUAGCGCAAGAAACACAGCCCCCCCCCCCUCUUUAAAAGAUAAAACUUGAUGGACUGCAUUCACGUUGUGUAAAUAAAGUAUAAGUAAAAGGUAUGCUAAACUUGUAUUCAUAGAACCUAUUUGAAGUGAGUUAAAUCUGAAAUGGACGUGUGUGUGUGUGGGGGGGGGGGGAUGUCGAGCAUGGGAGUUCACUAAUAAAUGUUGCGC